UGCGGCGGCGUAGCUUGCAAACCGGGGCUGCGAGUGGGGAUGGCGGUCGCAGCAGCGAUUGCGUGCCGGCUGUUGAGGCUCCGUGCAGCCGGGGCCGGGGGACACUGGCGUCGGCUGCGUGGCGCGGGGCUGCCGCGGGGCUUCCUGCAGCCCGCCUCGGCCGGCGAGGAUGCUGCCCAGUGGCGGCGGGUGGCUCACUUCACUUUCCAGCCGGACCCGGAGCCCCUGGAGUACGGGCAAACUCAGAAAAUGAAUCUUUUCCAGGCAGUAACAAGUGCCUUGGACAACUCAUUGGCUAAAGAUCCUACUGCAGUAAUAUUUGGUGAGGAUGUUGCCUUUGGUGGAGUCUUUAGAUGUACUGUUGGCUUGCGAGACAAAUAUGGAAAAGAUAGAGUUUUUAACACUCCAUUGUGUGAACAAGGAAUUGUUGGGUUUGGAAUUGGAAUUGCAGUCACUGGUGCCACUGCCAUUGCAGAAAUUCAGUUUGCAGAUUAUAUUUUCCCUGCUUUUGAUCAGAUUGUUAACGAAGCCGCCAAGUAUCGCUAUCGCUCUGGGGAUCUUUUUAAUUGUGGAAGCCUCACCAUCCGGGCCCCUUGGGGCUGUGUCGGCCAUGGGGCUGUCUACCAUUCUCAGAGUCCGGAAGCUUUUUUUGCACACUGCCCAGGAAUCAAGGUGGUUGUACCCAGAAGCCCUUUCCAGGCCAAGGGACUUCUUUUGUCGUGCAUAGAGGAUAAAAAUCCUUGUAUAUUUUUUGAACCUAAGAUACUUUACCGGGCAGCAGUGGAGCAGGUUCCUGUGGAACCGUAUAACAUUCCCCUCUCCCAGGCCGAAGUCAUCCAGGAAGGGAGCGAUGUUACUCUGGUUGCCUGGGGCACUCAGGUUCAUGUGAUCCGAGAGGUCGCUUCCAUGGCUCAGGAAAAGCUCGGAGUGUCUUGUGAAGUCAUUGACCUGAGGACUAUAAUACCUUGGGAUGUGGAUACGGUUUGCAAGUCUGUGAUCAAAACAGGGCGACUGCUGGUCAGUCACGAGGCUCCCUUGACGGGCGGCUUUGCUUCCGAGAUCAGCUCGACCGUUCAGGUGCUCAGACAUCCAGGACUGAUGGCACCUGCCCGUCCGCUCACCUGCAGAGCCGUGGGACCAGAUCAAGCCCGUCCAACUUGACUUCUGCUCCUAGUGCGUUCCUCCUAUCUUAGCCGCUGCUUUCAGGGAUUAAAUGAAAAGGCAUGCACGCAUCACUGAUAUGUGGACGGCUUUGACUGACAGUGGUUCAGACCACAGACUCUAGAGCCCGACUGCCUGGAUUCAGAGCCCGCCUCCACACUUAUUGCUGUGUGAUGCAUGUUUGUCCCAUCUUUCUCUGCUUCAGUUUCCUCCUCUGGAAAAUGGGGGAAAUAACAGUACUUUUUGCAUAAUGCUAUUGUGAAGAUUAAAUGAAUUAAUCUAUGUAAAACUAGUAGAACAUUAUCUGGCACACAGUACUCAGGAAGUAUUAGCUGUUACUGUUUUUCAUUCUUUACACCGUUACUCUUUUUCUCAAAAUGCUUUCAUCAAGGUGUCGUCUUUUGACCAUACUUUGCAUUAAUUCAAUGUUAAAUUGCUAAUAGUCAAACAAUAUGUACCUUAAGUGAUAAAAACAAUGAAUAGCAGGUUUAUUUAACAAAUAAAUAUGAGCAUCUUCUAUAGACUAGGGUUUAAGGAACUAUCAGAUCAAAGAUAUCGUUUUAGUGGGGAGAGACAUUUGUCAAUGAACAACAUGAUUACUGAGACGCCAGUAUAAAGGGAGUAUGUACACAAUACAACUUAAACACAGAGAAAAGGUGCCUGAAUGGACCUAAGAAAAUCAGUCCAGAAGACUCAUAAAGAAUGUAGGAUUUUUUCUGAGAUUUGAAAAAUAGGUAAAGUUGUCCUUGGCAUGUAAGCUGAUAAGCCAGCUGGGGCUGAUAUGACUGGAAUCCAUUCAAAGGAAGCUGGUAUUUAAUAACCUUUGUGAGGUUGUGGCAACAGGAUGAGUGUUGACGAAAAGACGCCAUCAGACACAGGUAAAGAAUUUAGUUUCAUUGAUGGAGAAUGAUACAGAAACUGAUGGAAACAAAUAAAUCAAGUGAUGACAAAGCAUGUUGGCACAUGCAGGCAUAGCUUUGCAUUUUCCCAUGGAGUCAUGUAGCUGUGGAUUGAUACCAGGCAGGAGCGCCCCCUUUGCCUUCUUCCUGGCCCUAACUUCCUCCUGGGAGUUGGCUCCGUGCCUACUGGAGAGUCUCCUUCUAGAGACUGGCUCCAAACCUACCUGCUAAUCCAGAGCAAGUGGCUGGUACAAGUAAACCACAGCACAUUUCUGAACAGUGUUUACUGUUGAGACUGCAUGAGGCGAAGAUCAAUUUCCAGAAGCAUUCCUCAUCAGGCCAAGCUCCUGCCCGUCGGCGAUCUGUUCGUGAAAGUUCUCUAUCCUCCCAGCAGAACCUUGGUCCUCAAGCGUCUCCUAUCAUUUUUUUUUUUUUUAAAGAUUUUAUUUUUUCCUUUUUCUCCCCAAAGCCCC